CGGGAUUUCACUAUCAUGGAUCCCAUGUGGCCGACAACGUCAGGGCCUUGCAACACAAAUCUUCACUUGUCCACAUUCACACUGUCCCACCUCAUAUCUUCACGCUGUGUCCUUCAUCACCAUUCAUGUCUCAUGUCCUCCUCUAGAUCUCGAACCAUAGACACCGUUCAAAGUUUUCUUGUCCCACUCUAAGUAGUCCAUGUAACCCACGAGAAAACCAACCAGAUUGAGAGGUCCAGUGCCUUGCACUCUCAGGUCGACACACUACCGACCAACUCUAGUCUUCUUCAGCAGGAUCCUUGUCAUCUCCAUUUACUAAGGUCCUCAAGAUCAAGCCUCGAUCAAGCACCUCUCAGGAGGAGCAAGCUUUUUUCACCUGAGAUCUUGCUACAUACUUAAAUCUCACUCUCCGCCACUUGGCCCAAGCCUUGCUGAGAAAACUUGUCACACUCAAAACUACCCUUCCCAACCUUCUCCAUUCAUCAUGGCGAAUCUAGAAUCUCUUGUCCAGUUGAUAGCUCGACAAGAGGAAGCCGAGCCAGCACCCGCCUGUGCCACCGGCAAUGACUAUGAUGGUCGCAUGGGUCUGCGGAUAGCCGCCCUCUUCAUCAUCUGGGUCACAUCCUCGAUAGGCGCCACCUUCCCCGUCUUUGCCAAUCGACACAAGGGCCUGCGCAUUCCCGAAUGGGUGUUCUUCAUCUGCAAAUAUUUCGGUUCUGGCGUCAUCAUCGCAACCGCCUUCAUCCAUCUCCUCUCGCCUGCGGAAGAUGCUCUGACCAAUGAAUGUCUCACCGGAAUCAUAACCGAAUAUUCCUGGGUGGAGGGCAUCAUUCUCAUCACCAUCAUCGUUUUGUUCUUCGUUGAGCUCAUGGUGAUGAGAUAUGGCAGUUUCGGCGGUGGACAUGACCAUGGCCAUGCUCACAGCCACGCCACCGACACUGCGGUGGAUGACAACGAGAUGGACUCGGUCACUCCUGCAGAACAGUACAAAGAUACACCCAACGACGCCGCCGAGCCCUCUGCCGUCAGAAAACAGAGCGAGAGUACCCACAUACCCGGACAAGAUCACCUCGGCCAUUCGCAGGAACACAACGACAUUGAGGAGGCCCACGACCUCUCCAGCCUCGAAGACUACAAAGCUCAAAUGACAGCCAUCUUUGUUUUGGAGUUUGGCAUCAUCUUCCACAGUGUCUUUAUUGGCUUGACCUUGGCCGUCGCUGGCGAGGAGUUCGACACCCUAUUCAUCGUUCUCAUCUUCCACCAGACCUUUGAAGGUCUCGGUCUAGGCUCGCGGCUCGCCGUUACCCCGUGGCCCAAGAACCGCCGAUGGACACCAUAUAUCCUCGGAUUAGCCUACGGCUUGAGCACACCCAUCGCUAUCGCCAUUGGUCUCGGUGUCCGAAAAACAUACCCUCCCGAGUCGCAAACCACGCUGAUUGUCAAUGGCAUUUUCGACUCCAUAUCAGCCGGUAUCUUGAUCUACACCGGUCUGGUCGAGUUGAUGGCACAUGAGUUCAUGUUCAGUCGAUCCAUGCGACGAGCCCCGACACGGACCGUCCUGUUUGCAUUCUUCACGAUGUGUCUUGGCGCAGGACUGAUGGCUUUGCUCGGUAAAUGGGCUUAGUUGGCCGGUCUUUUAGACUGGCUUUCUGGAACCAUGAGAGUAUGAUUACGACAUGGCGUUGGAAAAGACUGGAACUUGUCUAAAUCGGACUGGCAUUUUGGUAUCCAGCACAGAGACCUCGUGUUACAGUCUCUCACAAAAGCUGGCGUAUUGAACAGCUUCGCCUUUUACACGGCGCCUCGAGUGUAGCAAUAGAAAUCGAGAUUUACUUAGCUCAAAAUGUGAAGCCCCGUCGCUUGCUUAUGCACCUGAUCCAAGUUUCCCCUAAGGCUUCUCUUCUCCAUCGCAAAAAACAAGAAAAAAUUGAAAUCUCCAACAAUAGAUAACAGAUGGACACUGAAACACAACGAGAAAAGCCUAAGAACGAGAAAUCCUCUAGCACAACGAAUGAACUUUUUUCUCUUUUCACAGAUAACAGGGAGAAAAUAUGAAACCGGUCAUCAAAAAUUGUUUACGAAACACAUAAAUUGACUCGAUAUCAAGAACAAUGUACUAGGUACUUUUAAAAAGAUUCCCCAUGACUUUUUUUCCUUCCACCGGCAGGAAAAUGAGAAACAUACAUACUUUUCGAAGUUGGCUUUUGGCUUUUUGGCUUUUGGCUCGUGGUAGGGACAUUUUACGCAGGUAUAUACAUUGAUAUGUCAGGGGAUAGGACAAAGGGGGAUGGAGGGGUUUUAAAGAUGUUUCUUUUGGGAGGGGGAACCAUGGUCAUGAGCUCUCGCCAGCCAUGAUUCCAAACAAUCGUACGUUGUCGACUUUGCAUCGUUGGGAUCGAUCUCCUGUAUCACAGCCCAAAUCGUUCAUGAUCUGGGCUGCAGCGCCGUCCAUGCCUGCGGUAUGCAUCCCUCGCAUGCUGGCGAUGAUUAGUGCUGCUUCUUCACACGGCGUGCUGUUGGGACUCGUUCGUCCUUGUUGCGGAUGUGUCGAGGGGUAUCGUUGUGAAGAUUCCAGUUUCGAUGAUGACGAUGAUGAUGACAUCGACUGUUGUGGUCGCCAGGGAUCGUUGGCAUGGUGCUGACUGGACGCGCCGCUAUGGUAGGAUGACACGGCGCUGGAUGAGUCUUCAUAGGUGACGGGUGUGGUGGCCGUCGACAGUAGAAUCGAAGCGGCCUCUUGCUCGUCAAAUGAUGACAUGUCGUGCGACGUUCGGCGUCGCUGGCGCUCGUGUUGCGACUCCUUGUAUAUUUGCUCGUCUGGUGGCGAGGGAUAUUGGUUGCUAUCGUCGGCAGACUCGGGUUUGACGGCCCCUGGGUAUUGAUAAUGGUGCACUUGUCGUUUGUUUAGGGCGGCCGCGUUGGGACUCGGUGCACGCCAAACAACUCGACCACCUUGGUCACCUUUGACGAUACCCUCCACGUGGCCUUCGUCGUUCAAAAUCUCCACCACACCUUGACGGGUUAAAGCUUCUUCUAAGCAGCGCACGUGUUCUCGCAACACCGCCAGCUCGUCCUUAAGCAUGUGGUUCUCCUCAGCUACCUGUCGCGCUGCAUUCUGUACCUCAGCCGUGGCAUGCACGCCGCGCUGCUCGUGUUCGCGGAUCUUGUUUUCCAAGCUCGUAAUGUAUUCCUGCUUGCGCGCCCGCGACGCUCGCUGAUUGAGCGUGUUGCGAUUCGGCGUUUCUGACAAGAGAGGCAUUAGGGUGAACUUUGGGACGUGUUAUUGGCCAGGUGUUGAUUCUUCUCUGAAGCUUCGUGAGGAUCGAAUGUGUGUGCAGCGACUGCGAACGAGGGUUGGCUACCGAGUGGAGCUCGGUUCUCUGCUAACAAAUCACAACAGGACAAGCUCUAGAUGAAAGAGUCAUUUGAUUUGAACGAGUGAGAUAUGUCCGCGACUUGUGCAGGUUGCGGCUUUUGUGUCAGGUGCUGUGAGAAGAGGUGUGACAGGAAGGUCAGCAUUGGAGAAGAGGAGAGCAAAGGUUGUCGUGGAGCAACCCAAGCAGAGCGGCGCAAAAUUGAGAAAAAAUUGGUUAUUGUGAUGACAUUGCUCACCUGUCAUUGGUUGCUAGAUGUGUCACCACAUUUGCGCCAUUGGCUGAGAUUUGACAAGGCUGAGACCAUCAGGCUGAACUCUCCCCGUCGAUUGAAGUAUUUGCAGAGACUGUCUUGACUUAAUAAGGUAG